ACAGUAUUAAUAGAAAGUCUUGUACUCUACUGGUCUAUGUAGUUAUACUACAGUCACAUUAUUAAUAGAUUUUCAAAUAAACUCCUGAAAUACAACUAACAUAGUCAUGUCAGCCAAAGCAAUUUCUGAAGCUGAUGGAAAACUUCUUUUAUCAAAACAUCUGAAAGAUUCGUCCAAUCUCAAAAAUCGAUUCAAAUUUGCAACUGUCAGUGGAUACAGUGAUUGGAAUGCAACUGUAGCAUCAAAUACAUGGAUGAAUUCUGAGAAACUAAUUGUGAAGCCUGAUCAGCUGAUAAAACGAAGAGGAAAACUUGGUUUGAUAAAGCUGAACACAGACGUCGAAGGUGUGAAAGGAUGGGUCAAAGAAAGAGCUCAAAAGGAAAUAGUUGUCGGAUCAACAAAAGGAAUUCUGAAAAAUUUCAUCAUUGAGCCUUUUGUUCCUCACAAACAGGAAGAAGAAUAUUAUGUUUGUAUCUAUGGUACAAGAACAGGUGAUGCGAUCCUAUUCUAUCAUGAAGGUGGUGUUGAUAUUGGUGAUGUUGAUUCAAAAGCAAAGAAAAUAGAGAUUGAUGUUGAGGAGGACGUUACUGUAUCAAACAUUUGUGAGAAUCUACUCGGAGAAGUUUCGAAAAAUGCUCAUGAAACACUUGGGACUUUCAUCAAAGAUCUUUUCAACAUGUACAGAUAUCUUCAUUUUACAUAUUUGGAGAUAAACCCACUAGUUAUGUGUGGCACAGAUAUCUACGUCAUUGACAUGGCUGCUAAAUUAGACCAGUGUGCUGAAUUCCUCUGCUCUCGAGAAUGGGGUACGAUAGAAUUUCCACCUCCAUUUGGGAGAGAAGCAUACCCAGAGGAAGCCUACAUUGCAGAUCUUGAUGCAAAGAGUGGAGCUUCACUCAAAUUGACAAUCUUGAAUCCAAAAGGAAGAAUUUGGACGAUGGUAGCUGGUGGAGGUGCAUCAGUGGUUUAUAGUGAUACGAUUUGCGACCUUGGGGGCGCGUCAGAACUUGCAAAUUAUGGUGAAUACAGUGGUGCACCAAGUGAACAACAAACUUAUGAUUACGCAAGAACUGUUUUAUCGUUGAUGACAAGAGAACAAAGGGAAGAUGGAAAAGUUCUUAUCAUUGGUGGAGGGAUCGCGAACUUCACAAAUGUUGCUGCAACAUUCAAGGGAAUUGUUCGUGCUCUCAAAGAAUAUCAGACCCAACUUCGUCAGACAAAAGUUUCUAUAUUUGUACGAAGAGGUGGUCCUAAUUAUCAAGAAGGAUUAAGAGUAAUGCGUGAAGUUGGUCAGAGUCUCGGUGUACCGGUCCACGUUUUCGGAACAGAAACGCACAUGACUGCUAUUGUUGGUAUGGCAUUGGGUACUUCACCCAUACCAGACAAACCUCCAACAGAUCCAGGACAUACAGCAAAUUUUCUUCUCGGAGCCACCACUCAGUACAAUAAUGGAACACCACGUUGUAGUCGCACAAGUUCGUUUGCUGAUGCCGAUCAUGUACCAAAGGAAAACGGCGAUGGUGUAACAUCUGUAAUCAGACAGGCAGCUAAAAAAUCUGCUCUUGGAAAACCUAUGUUCUCAACCAAAACUCGUUCUAUCAUUUGGGGUUUGCAAUCCAGAGCUGUUCAAGGAAUGUUGGAUUUUGAUUUUGUUUGUUCAAGGAAAGAACCAUCUGUUGCUGCAAUGGUCUAUCCAUUCAUUGGGGAUCACAAACUGAAAUUUUAUUGGGGACACAAAGAAAUUCUGAUUCCAGCGUAUAAAAACAUGAGCGAUGCAAUGGAACGACACCCAGAGGUUGACACGCUGGUUAAUUUUGCUUCUUUACGGUCGGCCGAAGAAAGCACAAUAGAAGCAAUGCAAUAUAAACAAAUUAGAACAAUUGCAAUCAUAGCUGAAGGUAUACCUGAAGCAAAAACUAAAAAAUUGAUCAAGCUUGCAAACGAGAAAAAUGUUUCGAUCAUUGGUCCAGCAACAGUUGGUGGGGUAAAGCCUGGUUGCUUCAAGAUUGGGAACACUGGUGGAAUGAUGGAUAACAUACUGGCGUCGAAAUUAUAUCGACCUGGUAGUGUGGCGUAUGUAUCCAGAAGUGGUGGAAUGUCAAAUGAACUGAACAAUAUUAUAUCUCGUAAUACCGAUGGUGUGUAUGAAGGUGUGGCUAUAGGAGGAGACAAAUACCCUGGCACAACAUUUAUGGAUCAUAUCAUGAGAUAUGAAAAAAAUCCUGAUAUUAAAAUGAUGGUCAUGCUGGGAGAGGUUGGUGGCACAGAAGAAUACAAAAUCUGUGAAGGAAUCAAAUCUCGAGUGAUCAGUAAACCAGUUGUUGCUUGGUGCAUUGGUACUUGUGCUACAAUGUUCACAUCAGAAGUACAAUUUGGUCAUGCUGGUGCCUGUGCUAAUCAACAAUCUGAAACUGCUGUUGUGAAGAAUGAGGCAUUAGCAACUGCUGGAGCUCAUGUUCCGAAAAGCUUCAAUGAAUUGAAUGUUAAAAUCAAGGAGGUUUAUGAUGACCUGGUAUCUCGAGGUGUGAUACUUGCUGCAGAAGAAGUUCCUCCUCCUACUGUACCAAUGGAUUACUCAUGGGCCAGGGAACUGGGUCUGAUUCGUAAACCAGCUUCAUUUAUGACAAGUAUAUCUGAUGAACGAGGACAGGAAUUAUUGUAUGCUGGAAUGCCUAUAUCAAGAGUUUUCAAGGAUGAUAUUGGAAUUGGAGGUGUCUUAGGACUCUUGUGGUUCCAGAAAAGACUUCCAAUGUAUGCAUGCAAGUUUCUGGAACACUGUCUGAUGGUAACUGCUGAUCAUGGUCCUGCUGUAUCAGGAGCCCAUAAUACAAUUGUAUGUGCAAGAGCUGGGAAAGAUUUGAUAUCUUCAUUGACUUCUGGUCUCCUGACAAUUGGUGAUAGGUUUGGUGGAGCUCUUGAUGGAGCAGCAAAGCAGUUUAGUGAAGCAUAUGAUCGAGGUUUGUUACCGAUGGAAUUUGUUAACGAAAUGAGGAAGAAGCAUAAACUAAUCAUGGGAAUAGGACAUAGAGUCAAAUCUAUCAAUAACCCAGAUCAGAGAGUUGUCAUUUUGCAAGAAUUUGUUAAAGCAAAUUUUCCAUCAACUCCAUUACUGGAUUAUGCAAGAGAAGUUGAAAAAGUAACUACAGCUAAGAAACCAAACUUGAUUCUCAAUGUUGACGGUUUUAUUGGCGUCGCAUUUGUUGACCUGUUGCGAAAUUGUGGAUGUUUCACUCCUGAGGAAUCUGCAGAAUAUGUCGAAAUCGGAGCUAUCAAUGGAAUCUUUGUACUUGGCCGCUCAAUGGGGUUCAUCGGCCAUUACCUUGAUCAAAGAAGACUUAAGCAAGGUCUCUAUCGCCAUCCAUGGGAUGACAUCAGCUACGUCCUUCCAGAAACUUAUUCAGCUUAAACUUUUUUGUUCAAACGGAAAAUUUUUUUUUUCCUUCGGUUUGGAAUUCGAUACAUAUUUACACCUUGCAGUACGUUUUAAUCAUUUCCAAAAACCUUAACGCAGUUUAGAAAAUAUUUUAGAUGAAACAAAAUCAAUAUGUAGAUCUUAAGCUCCUCUUUUGCGCUACUAUUUUACAGCUCAGUUUAAAAAGAAAUCGAAUUUUUUUAGAUUUUAAAAUUUGGCUUUUGCGGUAUCAUUUCAAAUUGCUGCUACAUUAAUUCGAUACAUCCAAUACUUAUCGUAAUUCAUAUUUUUGUAUUUGUUCUUACUUUUUCAUAGCAAUGAUAUUAAAGCAAUCACAGCUCAUAUACACAGUAAAUAUAUCAUUUUGCACUGUUGUAUUACCUAUAAAACUAGAAAUAAAAUAAGAAAAAAUAUGCAUGCUGCUUUGUAAUUAAUCAACUGAUGUAGUACUAUACAUACAAUGUGCUUUUACAUUUUUGCUCCUUUUUUGAAAGGUAUAUCUAUUUUUUUCAUGGGAUCUCCAGAAGUAUGUGCACAACCUGAACAUAGUAUGUGUACCAGGCUGGGGUUCAGGUUGUGCGCCAUCUUGGUGCACAUACUCCGGGAGCGCCUGUUCAUGUGUAUAACUAGCAGUGAUGAAUUAAAUAGGAAGCCUAUUUUAGGAAGCCUGCGUUUAUGUGAAAAAUAUAUUCUUUUCGCAAUGCAUCCAGUUACUGAUUUUUCAAGUAUGUCCAUAGUAUUUUUGCUUGAUAAGUACAACGAAUCCUUUUUGUUGAUGAGUUGGAAAUAUAUAGUUCUCUGACAUUAAUGUGUUGUUUUCUUUCGUUGGUUAGUUAUAUCAUCUGUGAAUAUGAUAUUAUAGCAUUUGUGUACUCUGUUUUCAUAUUACAUUUUUCGUCCAUGUUAUUUCAUUGAUAUAUUACCGAAAACAGCUUUUUGCAGCCUUCUCUCCUAAAAUCUAGUCGUCCGUAACAUACCUUACAUUUUAUGGGCUCAUACUAACUUACACUGUAUGCUUUCAUUGCAUCUUCAUGUCUUAUAUUUAUACUGAGUUUUACUAGAUUCAUAGUUUUGUAUUGCGUCUUAUUUUAGAAGAAAGUGAUGCCACAAAAUUUACUGAUAUGUUGCUAAUCUAAUGUCAUCAAAUAUACGAGUCAUUAGGAGAUGUGACAUGGUUAGCAGAAGAGACGUGUAGUAACUAUGUUUGCAUUGUUGAACAUCUGGUAUUCUUCACAUCACCAUGGCAUAUUAAACAGCUCUGACAACUUGAAUUAUUCGAAGCUUUUCUUUCUUCGUGUUUUUAAUCUAGAUAUUUACACUUUCCAAUUAUUAUACGGUACAUUAUAAUCAUCUAUAAACCAUUUUCCACAGGUAACUUUAUUUUUUGUUCCAUCGAAUUCAUAAUCAACUGAGUUUGUCCUCUGAUUUUUAUAUAAGGAAGCAACAGUCUUUUAGUAUUUUUCUGGCGUGUAUAGACUAGCAUGACUGAGAUGCUUCUCUUUGCACAGUGGUUACUAUUGGGCCAGUGUGAGAAAUAGGUUGACUGUAUUACAGCAUAUGAACACCCAUUCUAAACCUUAGCCUCUUGGCUAUUCAUAGCUUAGUACCAAAAAUCUUGUGAUGUGCCACGUUAAUUGCCACAAAUUAUAUAAAUUUCAGUUUGUGUAGUAAAAAUAGGCGUAUUCGUACUAUUGUUUUCUGCUUGGUGCCCUGCUUUUUCUGCCAUGUUAAGUACUCCGAAAUCGUAAUAGUUGAUGCCACUGUAUAUAGUACCUGCAUAAAAAGGUUUGGGAGUCGACCAGCAAGUUCCAUGCAGUUUUGUGGUAUAAUUCCAUCCAUGUAUUAUUAUUUUCUAAUUUUGUUGUCAGUGCUUUCUGUAUAUAUUCAACAAAGAUAUAGAGAUGCAUAAAAGAACUUCAUUAUUUUCUUGUCA